AUUCUGAAUCAUAGACUGUAUGUCCUGGAUUGGAUUAUGACUUAAAGAACCAAAGAAAACCACCAGAGUCCCACCCCCACAUUCUUACCUCUCCCUCAUCACCUCCAGGGGGCUUCAUCGACUCAGACAGAAACACAUACCAUCACAUGACCCUUAAGCUGACCCUUACAGACAUUUUCAGUUUGGCCUGAUUUCCAUUUAAUGUAAUUAAUAGAUUUCAAAAUAUAUAUACUGGUACCUAUUGUGCACAGAAAUAAACACAUAGCUUAUAUUAAUAAAUGAAAGGUAUUGCAGUUGUCCCUUUAAAUGCCCUAAUUAUGAAACAUAGCACGUAUGAGUGGAUCUAGUGGGACCUCCCAGUUCUCAAGCACCCCACUGUGUCCCUCUUUUGUUUGUAUCUAUGAGUGUGAGACUGUGUGUGUGUGUUUGUGUAUUUGACUGCUGCCAGAGAGGAAUUCAGUCUCUUUAGUGUGGAGGUUUGCUCCUCUAUCUGGUAAGAAGACAUAAACUUGUGUGCUUUAAUCUUUUUUUUUUUUGAUAUCAUCAUCCAGCCAUGGCUCACCGUCUGUUUGAAGGCAAAGACCAUGCUGCUUCCUAUUGGAAAUACAGGAUCUCUCCAUCAGAUCAUCUAAUGCAACAAGUGUUUGACUUCUUGGAAAAGCAAAAAGGUCGGCCCUUUGAGCUGGCAGUGGACGUGGGCUGUGGCUCAGGACAGGGAACACUGCGACUGGCCAAACACUUUGCUUCUGUGGUGGGGACAGACGUGAGUCCUGCUCAGCUAGAAGUGGCUUCACAUUAUGCUAAAGAGCCAAACAUUACUUAUAGACAGUGUGUUGCAGAGGAGCUGCCGUUCGCUGACAGCUCAGUGGACCUGGUGACGGCCAUGUCUGCCUUCCACUGGUUUGACAGGCCACGCUUUCUCCGAGAGGCCCACAGGGUCCUGAAGCCUCGCGGCUGCUUGGCUCUGCUCAACUACACUGUUGACAUGGAGCUCAGCUACCCUGACUGCUGCUCACACACACUGAACCAAAUCUGCAAAGAGUUUUAUGCAGCUUUGCACCCAUACCGCAGUCCCUGCCUUGGUCUGAGCUCUAUUAAUUUGUACCGGGAGUCAUAUGAGUCUCUUCCUUACCCUGACAAGGAAUGGCAGGAGUGUGUGUGGGACAGAAGGCCGAUGCCUCUGUCCAGCUACAUGGGGCUUGUGGAGUCUUUCUCCAGUUAUCAGGCUCUGCUGAGAGACGAUCCACAGAAGGCCUCCAGUCUGUCCCAGGCCAUCUGUCAGAGGCUCAUGUCUGUAAUGGGGGUGACCUCUGCAGAGACAGAGGUGCUGGUGGCUGUCAAGUAUUUCUACCUUUUGGCCUGCAAACCACAGGAAGCCUGACUCCUGCCAACGCCUGCAUUUUUAACAAAGUCAUGAAGCUUAUUAAGGACACAGAAACACAGAAAGUUGAUUUUAUCAACCUUUCUUUGCGAGCAUGUUUCUUUUUGACAUCUAAAAUGUAGAUAAAGAUAAUGUGUUAGCUGUUGCUUACUGAUGUGAACCUAAACAAAUACUUAAGGUCUCUAAGAAGUAUUGUAUAUGGUGGCCAGUGUUACUUUGUUACAGACAACUGGAUGAGAAGAUUGAUGGUACUUUCAUGUCUUUAUGUCACAUGUGUGUAACCAUGAGUGUGAGUUUCUUUUAAAUGUUGUCUGGGGGCCUUUACCUUUUUUGCAUCACUUUAUAUUGGAAAUUCCUCAUGCAAAGGAAAACACAAACUUCAGACAGGAGAUGGCAAUUUGAUAUACACUACCAGUCAAAAGUUUGGACACACCUUCUCAUUCAAUGCUUUAUUAUUUUAUACAUUGUAGAUUAAUACUGAAGAUAUCAAAACUAUACAAGAAUACAUAUGGAAUUAUGCUGUAAACAAAAAAGGGUGAAUCAUCAGUAUUAAUCUACAAUGUAGAAAAUAAUACAAAUAAAUAAAAAGCAUUGAAUGAGAAGGUGUGUCCAAACUUUUGACUGGUAGUGUAUAAUGGAUUAUAUAUGCAUAUAUAAAAAAACUGAGUAUCACAUGAGUGCAAAGAUGAACAAAAUUAACUUCACAAGUGAAGAGUUCUAAUCUAUGACAAAGCUCCAGUUUAAAAAAAAAAUUACAUUCAUUAUCCCAUAUAUGCAUCAAUUUACGCAUAGACUGAGUUGUUGUAUGAGCUCAUAAUUCCGAUUUUUAUAAUUCAAAGUAAGAGAAAGUGCUGAAGGAAAACACCUGCCCCACACUGAAGCAUUACUGCAUUGGUCAAACUAUAGUUGUUUUCUGCAUCUUCCAUGUUUUUUAUUGGUACUGCCAAAUGGACAUGCUCUAUAUUGAAGGGUGAUACAUUUUCCAGCUGAAAUCUACGCCCAUGUAUGUAGCUGGAGCUGGCAGUCAAGGCGUAAGACGGCAGCUUACACUUGUUUUUUUGUUUUUGUUUUUUUAAAGAUUCAUCCUUGAAAAAAAGAGAGAGAGAGAUUUAGUGGUACUCAUAGAAUCUUUGAACAAAGCCAGACAAGCAGUCUUCAUUGAAAAAAAAUGCUUUUCUUUCAAGAAUAAGGACAUUUCUAAGUGACUCCAAACUUUUGAAUGCUAGUCUAAGUCAACAUGUGAAGUAUUUGGCGAGGUUGUUUUACUAUGUACCACUAGAGGGAGGCAUGUGAUCAAAAAAGUCUAAGUGAUCACUGGCACUUUGCUGGACACAGGUUACCUUCUUGUUGAUCUGUGACCUGGCAGAGGACCAGCACCAGUGGGACGGCCCUUUGUUGAGUGGAAGAGGUCAGAAAGUGGAAAGUGUGCAGUCAUACCAAAUAACUUUCAAUGACCGGAUAGACUUCCUCUCACGUUUACAGGCCAGAAGUGAUUUGAAAAAAAAAGACGAACUCUUGUUUUUCCUAUGUUGAUGUGUUCAUCUGACCAUGUGCCACAUUGGAGGGAAAGAAAUCCACUUUCACCUGAAGAAGUAAAUGGAGCUCAUGUGAUUAUUCUGAAUGUUAGAAGCCAUUCUCAUCAUCUCUUCAUCUUUAUUUGAAAGUGUAUCGCAACUUUUUCGGAGAAUCUUACAGAGAUAAUUUAAGAUUUAGAUUUUUUUUUUUAACUUCACAGCACCCUCUUGUUCACACAUUCAUAGACAGCUAUUUCACUUUUCAGGAAUAAUAACUGUUUUUGGUGUAGGUUUGUGGACUACAGUGGAUUUAGGUGUUUGUUUUGUCACAGCGAGCACAACAACCGUUUUUAUUUUCAUUUAUAAAGAGCUCUCCUCAGCAGAAAUGAGUAAUUGUGAGCUGUCUUUACUGCGGAUAAAUCCUCUGUUUUGUUCUCUUACUCUUUAUUAGUGUUGCUGACUUAGUUAUUAGUCAUAUUUGUUAUGCUUUAGCAGUCUUCAUCCCUUACUUAGAAGGCCUGACCUGAUACUAAACCAUAAUUUGUUCUGGAGGUAUUUAUUUCAGACACACUGUAGUGCCGGCAGUGCAGGAGUAUUAAAGCAUCAGUACAUUUGUGCUGCUGGUAGCUGCUGGCAUGGCUGGAGGUCAUUCCUUGACUGUGACUGGCAGGUGUUGCAAGUGGGCAUGUGUGUAUUAUCUGCACUCAGUGUCACACAGAUGCAUAAAGUCAAUUUUCUUCUUUUUGGCCUUGAGGUAUUUUAGAUUUUUAACUCUGACUCCUAUUCCUUACAGCAAUCACACUGUCUAAGCCUGUGUAUGUGUACACAUGUUCUAAUUAGUUUCCUGAAUUACACAUUAUCACUGGCCAAAAGGAAUAAAUUUGGUGGUUAUAUCACAGAAUUCUCACCCCUGUUUCUUCUACUGAUCUGCAUGCGUUUGGCACUGGGGAUCAACUCUCCAGCAUUGAAGCAGCACUGUGGAAAUAGGUCUGGUUGUUGAGUAAACUUUGAUUUUCCAGAAA